UGUCUCGCAGCGUGUGCGUCUAUGUCGUCGGGUGAAGAUCGAACACACCACUGGCUGUUGACCAGCCCAGGACCUGGGGAGGGUAUAGUAGAGGAUGAUCCCAUGGCACAGGAGCCUUCAUCUGGUGACCAGCUGCAGGCAUCUGGUGAUGCACUAGAUGAUCCUCUUGCCCCAAGUAGUAGUGAUGCCCCUGAUGAGGGGAUUGUAUCUUCACCAGUUAAUAGCCUUGACUUAGACCGGGACUCACCAAUGGGUGGAGGGUUAGAUGAUGAGGAAGAUGGUGGUCCACCUAGCAUAGAAACUCAGCCUCCCGACCACGUUGAUGACCUUGAAGUAUCGGGUAUAACCUCUACAUGGAUAAGCACUGGUGGUAGUCACUAUGGGAACUCACAUCCAGGGCUAGGAUACUCUAUCCUCAAUAGUGAUCUUCCUGAUACUGCUGAUUCUACAGGGCUAGGAGAAAUGCCGGGCCUAGAACCAGGCGACUUUGGGGUUGGACCAGUGUAUGGUCCUCAGCUGCCUGGGCCCUUCAAUAGUCCUGUGCACGAGUCAUCAUCAGUAGCAUAUGGUGAUGUUGCUGAUGAGAAUGCAGUUGGAGGAAUAUGUGGGCUGCGUAAUUUAGGAAAUACAUGUUUUAUGGCGGCAGGGAUACAGUGCCUGGUGAACACUCCUCCCAUUGCUCAGUACUUCUUCAGACACCACCAUGAUAACCUAAAUACAAAGGACUCUUUAGCUGGUCAGUUCUCACAGUUGACAAAUAAGAUCUGGUGUGGCAAAUACUCUUCUCUCAGACCUGCAGAUUUUAAAGAUGCAUUUGGACAGCAGUGGAGAGAUUUCCGUGAUUACAGACAGCAUGAUUGUCAAGAAUUUGUUACUCUCCUCCUAGAAGCUUUGCGGAAACAAAUGUGUGUGACAGAUGAUGGAGGAGGUGGUACUGAAAAUGAGGAUGAGGAGAAAAAUGAAGCCAAGGGACAACUGGCCAAUAUUGAUAACAGUGGGAUGGCCAGCAGUAGUAGCAGUAGCAGCAGCAGUAACAGCAACAGCAGAAGCAGCAGUAGUAGUACCAGUAGUAGUAACAGACCAAGUGGAAGCAGGGGUAGCCACUCAUACUCCUCCCCCUCCUCCCCUCAGUCACCUCAUUGUCCAACUUCACCACAGUCCCCACACUGUCCAACAUCACCUCAGUCACUUCAUUCACUCAAACAACCUCUGGAGCUCCGCAGUGAUCCCCAAGAGGAAGCAGUAGGCUUAGACAGUGGUGCUGCCUCUCCAAAGAGUAGUGUGUCCAGCAGUUCAGUGGAUGCACACCUUGUUAACCUGAGACUACAACCUAUACCUGAAGAAGUCCGUGCUUUAAUUCCCUCACGCAUGAAUGCAUCCUGUGAUGACUUGUCCCUUGCUGGUACCACAAGUUGUCAUGAUGCAGAGAGCGUUGCCUCGGAUAUGUCUGACCCAGCAGAAGUUGGUGGAAGCAGCAGUGUGAGGCGUUACAAUCAGCUGGGUGUGACAGAUGUGUGUGAUAGUUCUGACUGUGAUAGUAGCACUGCUCAUAAUCUGGUGCCAGCCCAUCGCCUCCAAACACUGCACUGUGAUAGCUCUUCUGCCUUAGAGAAGAACCAACUCAAUGAUUCUCAAGGUAUGGAGAAGAACCAGUGUUCGGAAGCAUCCAGGCUCGAAGAAAAUGAACGGAACAACCUUGGAUCUCCCCCUGAGUCACAUCUCUCUCUGGUCAAACUAGAGGACAUCAUGAAAGAGACUAAAACAUCAAAUGUUAAUGUAUUGGUGAAGGAUAACCCUGCAAAUAAUGAACUUUUAUUUGACUCAGAGAAAUAUGCCAAAUAUGAUAAGUCCAGAUUGAAAAAUAGCUUGGAUAAUUUGAAUAAGUCUGGAGUAAAAAGGGUGAAAGAGGUAAACCUUCUGCAUGAUAAAAGAGGGUACCAACCAAUGGAUGUUGAAGGGGAGUAUGAUGAUGAUCUAGAAGAUGGGCAAGAGCUUGCAAUCAAUAAACGUAUGCGUCUAGAUGAAAAGAAUAUUCAGUACGAGUUGGAGAGAUAUCAAGUUUCAUCGGCUGAGCAAAGUGUUGAUAGCUCAGCCUCUACCUCUGGUGUUGACACUCAGGUAGCCCCAGCACCUUCAAUUUCUUCACAUGAACAGCGUCAGGCAGAUUUAACUUGGCGAUCUUUUGUGGGUGAUGCAAAGAGUGCUGUGGUGGACACCUUCUAUGGACAGUUUAAGAGCUCGCUGGUAUGUUCUGUGUGUGGGCAUACAUCAGUGAAAUAUGACCCUUUUGGAACCCUCUCUGUGCCUCUACCAUAUGCUAAUCAGAUCCAGAUUUCUGUGACUUACGAACCAUAUGAAGGUAGCAUUCCCACACGCUACCUUAUCACCCUCUGUAAGGUGUCUUAUGUCAGUGACCUUAAGGCAGCCUUGUGUAAGAUGGUUGGCUUAAACACUGCAGAAAACCUUGUGACUGCAGAGGUAUUUGACAAUCAUAUUGCUCGAAUUGUGGAGGACAGUUACAUGACCAAAUUCUUGAAUUACAACCUACGAAGUAUUUAUGGCUUCCUGUUAGCACCACCUCCCCCCAGUGCAGAUGAGGAAGAAGAAAUGCAUACUGCUGAAGAUGCAAAAUCUGAGGAAAAUGGUGAUGCAGAGAAGGAAUCAGAGAGUCAGGGAUGCUCCAGUGGCAGUACGGGUACUAAUGGUGCCAGUGGAGGUGCCAGCGGAGGUGCCAGUGGGAGCACCAGUGGGAGCGGAAGCAAUCUGUGGCGGCCAUGCAACAUUUGCCUUGAGGAGAUGUGUCAGACAGAACUUAGAACUCAUCACACUUGCGAGGAUUGCUUGCUGUGUGACGGUUGCAUUGAGAUGUCAUGUAAACAUCAUGGUGGAGAGAGUCUGCCUUGUCCUGUAUGUCAGACAUCCUUAUCUCCUUCUGAUCUCAUACCUGUGGAGAAGAGAAAGAUGGAAAAACCAAAGGCUAGAUUAUUACGGGUACCCUUAGUUUUUCGGAUGGACCAGGAGAGUGACAACAAUAACAAGCGGUGCAUGCAAUUGUUGGGUCAUCCAAGUUUACUUGCCUUGCCUUCACGGCUGCGGCCUGCUACUCUAACACGUACUUUAGCACCUAGAAUACCAGCUGGAACGCAGUAUUCCUUGCUGUUUGUUGAUGGGCGGGGUUACAACUGCUCUCGGUGCCUAUUCUCAUCACACUGCCGUGGUUGUGAGGUCUUAGAUGGUCCGGAAGUAGUUCUGCAGGCAGGAGACACAUUGUGUGUACGCUUCACAAGCCUUACACCAGAACAGUGUCAUGCUCUUGCUGCAACCACGGAUCAUCCCUCUCUGAAUGAUAUGAGACAGAAUGAUCCAUUAACCCUGUAUGACUGUCUAAGAGCAUUUACUCAAAGUGAAACCCUUGAAGAAACAGAUUCAUGGUUUUGUCCAAAAUGUGAGCGGAAGCAGCAGGCAACAAAGACAAUAUCUGUGUGGCGAUACCCUCCCUACCUCAUAAUACACUUAGAAAGAUUUCUGUUCCAUGGUACAAUGAGCACCAAGUUAGAUGACAAAGUCAUCUUCCCACUUGAUGGGCUUGAUGUGUCUGACUUUGUGUCCAGAGAGACGAGCACCAGCCAACUGUACAAUCUCUAUGCUUGUGUCUGCCAUGCAGGAGUUGCACAAGCAGGGCACUACACAGCUUUUGCUCGUAGUCCGGUAACAGGAGAAUGGCAUUACUUUAAUGAUGACUCAGUAACACGGCAGAAGCCUCGGGAGGAGGAGUACUCGUCUGCAUACCUUCUUUUCUAUCAUAGACAAGGCACAAAGUUUGAUCUUAGCCUACCCAAGAAAUUUGCCUUCGUAGACAAUGGUGCGCCCAAGAAUGUUGCUGACUGUGAUGACCAGGAGGCAGCGUGUAGCAGUGGUACCAACAACAAAAUUGAAGUUGACAUGUAUGAUCCUCAAUGUAACUAGAAUAUUAAUCUAUGAGCUGAAUUUUUAAAGAAUAUUAUUUAUUUUCUGUUGUAUAGUUAUCUUUUUUUAUAACUUGAGGGAUAUUGCUAUUAGAAUGUAGAAAUAAUAAAAUAUUUCAUUUGGACGAAAUUCAUGUCAGUAACUUCCAGCUGUCCCACUGUUUCCUCUUAUCUAUUUUAGAAUUAUUUUCCCCCCAAUUUUCUUUGGGAAACGCGAUUACUUUCAGGCAAAGAGAGCCAGUAGACAGUAUGGAACAUUUACUGAUAAAACAUUCCUAAAUUGACUUUAAUGCAAAAAUGAGAAAAAAAACAUGAAAGGUUCCAUAAUGCUAUACUGUUUAUAACUAUGGGAAUGUGACCCUACAUGUGGGAAAAUAUGAUGGCGCAAGGUUAUUACAUUGACAACACAACCUGAGAAGUAGUUGACAUUUUUUUUCUACAUCACGGUAUCAUACCAUGGAGAAGUGAUGUGUUGAUGUGGAUAUGUGGGACAUAAGCUUCGCUAGAAGUUGAAGUGACUCGGGUUAGUAUGAAAUGGGUAUUAUCAAUACAUUGUCUUCAGAUCAGAUGCACGUUUCAUAUGUUUAGUAUCUGGAUUUGGAUUAAAUGGUUUGUCAGGAAGUACUUCAGAUUGACCCCUCUUCAUUUUUUUAAAAAUACAUCACAAUAGCUGUGGAUCUUUUAGCCAGUGAUAAGAAUCUCUUAACUGAUUGGUGCAAUUGCUCUCAACUUUCAUGCACAGUAUAUUAGUAGGUCUGUUUCUCCUCUGUGAUACUGACUGAGUAAUAAACUAACUUGGCAAGUUGACAUUCAGGAAGUCGUAUGAUUUCAAAAUGAUGCUGAUGUAAGAUUGAUGCACAUAUCCUUAUAAAGGCACCAAGCCCUGAUAGUUGUCGUUCUGAAUCUACUUUGUUGUGCUAUGAUUUCCAUUAUUAUGUGGGAAUUACAAUACACAGGGAACCUACCAUCAAAGUGAUGACCAGCCUUGAAAUAAGAUUAUGAUUCCAGUUGGAAUACUUCAUUGUGCUUACAUCUACAUAAUCUCCUAAGUUAUUUGCUCUUACAGUUGGUCUUGUAAAUGUGUGUAUGUGUGUGUGUCCGUUUGUGUGUAUGUGCAUGUAUGUGUAAUUUGUCUAAUUACCAUAGUUUUGAAGGAACAAGAUACAAGGUUUUGUGUAAAGGUAAUGUUUGAAGAAAUUAAAUUCAAACAUUUUUGAAAAUGAAUAUUAAAAAAAAAAAAAAAUUAACAGCUGCACUUUUGAGCUUUCUUUAUACAAAAAAAUUUCUUUUAUACAAUUUCAAUAUGAAGAAAUAGCUAGGGCUCUUGAUUUUAAUUUUCAUAAGUGAUAUUUUAUAUGGAGACUUUGUGGAGAGUGGUGCAGUUGGAUAGAAUUUUUGUCUUAUGGUUAAAAGAAGCCUUUUCACACAAAGGGUCAUGAGGUUUGCUACUAGUGGAACACUUAUGUAAGUAUUUGAUGUGCUUUUCCUGGAGUGAAAGUUUGCUUAGUUUUGUAUUAUUAUUAUUGUGAUAAAAAUCUUGAUCACUGUGCAAUACAAAUAUGCUAUUUGUUAAUGAGUGGUGUUAACCUUAAUUAGUAACUGUGUAAGAGAUUUCUGUAAAUAUGGAGAUUGUUAUUUUUUGCAAUAUGUCAUCAUGGAUUUCUUUUAACAACCCUGUCACAGUUUCCGUAGUUUUAUCUUUUCUCCGUCAAGAUUUUCUUAGUGAAAUAAAUUUGUGAUUUCUCUUGUUUGUAUUAUAUAUAUCAGAAAUUCAGACAAAAUUUGGGUGGAACUUUUGGUCAUAAAUGUGAUGUCGUUAAUAGAAAGAAUCCAUAAGCAUAAGUAAAAAACAAAAAACAUUAUUGAAGUAGUACCUGGCCUGUAUUGUGAUCUCAACUUCAGAGGAAGACCCAGGCAGGACCCAGCUUUCUUGGGUUAAGGUGUGACUGGUUUUCAUAUCUCAAGAACUUCAAGAAAAAAAAUGAACACUAAUAUGUGUGAUAUAAGGACCUCUCUGAUUACUCAGUAGAAUUUUUGGUAAAGGUGACGUGGCCUUAGCCUCUCUUGUGCACUUGAAUAUAUGUUGCACGAACAACUCAGGGAACUUUGGCCCCUCCCCCCUCUUCCCCUACAGUUCAGUCUGCUGUCUCCCUCCAUCUUUGAUACUUUCCUGUUCCUGCCCUUAACGUUUGCCUCAUGUAACAGUGUAUCUUAUUCUCUUUUCUGCCUUUGUCUUCUGAACUCUCCAAUUUUUCUGUCUUUUUUUUUUCUGUUUUGAGAAUAACCCACCCAUCAACUAAUUUUGAGGUUUAGAUUUCUUGUAUUUGCAUUCUCAUUUCAAGGGUAAUAUGAGCAGUCCAUAUUGCCUGUGAUGAAAUAUCAGUCUGCUUUAUCUACUGCUCAGUCCCUGAUUGCAUCUCCUAACCUUCGCAACACUAAGAGCAAUAAUCAGUGAAUGAAGUAUGACAAGGCCUAGGUGCCCCAUUACAGUACCAGUUCACAUUUUGCAUUGUGUUGAUGGAGUGUUCAGUUUAUAUACCUGUUGGGUCUGUUAUUAAAGACUUGUAUAAUCCUUUCAAUAUGUGAGAAAGCAAAAUGUUUUCUCUGUCUCACUUGGUAUCAUAGUGUUUCAAAAACUUGCCAAGAUAUGGUGUUCCACUGAUGAACAGUCGGUGUCUAAAAUGCUAAAAAUAAAUAGAAAAAAAAUGAAACACAGAUGUCACUUGUACCGCAAGUCCAUGUAUAUUUUAUGUUUUAACAGCUGAUGGCAAACAUUUCCAGGGUAGAUGUUAGUGUACGAGUCUUUUGUACUUAACUGCAUAAAGUUUGUGUUCAAAAAUUAUUUACUGGACUAGUUACCAAUUAUUACACAGCAUUUUCUUAUAGUAUGUGAGGGAAAGUAAAUGACUCAUUCCCUUAAAUACACAUUUAUAUCUA